AAAAAUCGCUCUGAUGUGAAAAGGGAACAAAGAUGGACCUUAAAUAUCUGAUCCUAAUGAUUGCCUUCGCUACAGUCGAAAUAAAUGUAACCGAGAGUCGACAGAACGACAAAAGACGAUGGAAGAACGACAAGAUUUACUCACACUACGUUAAUAUUUGUGAUAUACAGGACCGAGGGUCCAAAGUUCAUUGUUACUGCGAGAGUAUAAAGAUAAAAACUGCCACAAAGGCCGAUUGUUGGGUAUUCAACGGCGGGAUAGCUGAAGACGAUCCGUUCUGGUCCAAUUUUUAUUCACAACCAAAAAUAGAAAAGUUAACAUUCAACGUCAGAGCCGACGGCGGAUUGACGUACAUACCCGCAAAAGUGAUCGUUAGACUGGAACGAUUACAAUACCUCAACAUACAAUACGCCAACAUCUAUAGUAUACCAUCGUUCGCGUUCACCAACUCGACCACGCUCCGGGAAAUAACCCUGCCCAAGAACAAAAUAGCGAAAUUGGAAAAGAUGUCAUUCGCCCAUCUAAUAAUGCUGUCAAACGUCAGCUUAGUGGAAAAUCAGAUAUCUGAAUUGAAACGGGACGUGUUCUACGUCCUACCCAAUUUGCAGAGGCUGUAUCUGUCGAAGAACAUAAUUAGCGUUCUCCACGACGGAUGUUUCAAACAUCUGAACAAUCUCAUAAAAUUGGACCUCGACAACAAUCAGUUGACAGUUGUCAUUAGGGAAAACUUCCAAGGCCUGUCUAAUCUGAUCACGUUGGAUAUGAGAAACAAUAAAUUAACGAUGAUAGGGGACCUUGCCUUCGCGGAACUUUGGAGCCUUCAAGAACUUUACCUGGACGGCAACGAAAUAGAAUUUAUAUCCGAGAGGGGUUUCGGUGGAUUGACUCAGCUGCGAAAACUUUCGCUGGCCGAUAAUAAGUUGGGGACAUUAGACGACGGUGUGCUCGAUGAUAUUCAAAAGUUGAAUGUUUUGGAUUUGAGGAACAAUAACUUAGAAACAUUGAAACAAGAAGCAGUGCAAAAUGUUUUGGAAAACAUGAAGUCCAAUUAUGCGUUAAUCUCUUUAGACGGCAAUAAGCUGACCUGUGACUGUCGCCUGUCCUGGUUGCACAAGCUCCGCAACGAAACGAAAAGCAAACGUGUCAAAGCUUCACUAUCUCGCCUCAACUGCAUCAUGGACACCAAGACAAAUAUAGGUACGUUAAAAAUAGAAAAACCACAGAAAGCUAUUCAAGGGUCAUAUAAAAAAGAGAUAGAUUAUGAAGAAGAAGAAUUUGAAGAGAAGCAUUACGAUGAUGCGAUGCAAGAUCAAGAAACAGACAAUGACGAUGUUAAAAUCGAGUACAAGAGGAAAUUGCUUGAAAUACCAACUGAGAUGCUUCCUUGUCCGAACCGUUUAAUUUACGAGGCAUCGUUUUCACCACCGACCCAAGACGAGGUCAAGUACUACAAGACUUCAUCAAGCCAUAUGCUAGUAGCAACAACACUGAACGUAUUAUUACUCUCCGCACUAGCAAUAUUGUAGCGUACAAAUUGAAAUGUAAAUAAUUCUGUGAUUUUCAUUACGCAUUUAUUAUUGAGCUGCUCUUCAUUAAUAUUAUUAAAUUCAUUACACACGUUGUUAUUAAAAUAGACUUGAAUAUUGUGAACGUUAUUCAUAUUUUGAACUUAACUUGCAAUUAAUUUUCCAUUUCAAACUCGAUUGGAAUUGAUUUGCUUUAGUGAGUGCAAUAUUUGCUCACGUGUCUUAUAUAAGUGCAAUGCAUAUAACGUGACCUGAGUUUAUAGGUAUUAGAUUUUAAUACAUAUUUUCUUAUAAGUAAGGUCUUUUUUACUAAAAUUAGUCUUGUAUAAUCAUCUUUUUCACUGAUUUCUUUAAGUCUUAGAUUUAGGCUAUUUAUAGGAAUUGAUAGAUUUAGGUGAAUUUGGACCCAAAGAGCUAAUGAUGUAUAUAAAAUACACUCAUAUAAGUCAUGUUUUCUCUGUACAUAACAAUAAGUAUACUAAGAAUUUUACAUUAUGAAAUCUAUGAAAGAAUGGAAUUUGUAAUUGCAAUUAAGAAGAGUGUGAGAACAAUGUUGCAUGCUUUGAAUCAAUUUUGAUUAUUUAUCACUUCGCGAUAGCAUUAAAAAAUCUGUGUGAAGCUGUUAUUUUUUAAAUAUUAUCCUUCAGUAAGUAUUUUCUAUUCUAGUGGUAUGCCAUGGCAAAAGAAUUUUAAGCAUUAUGAAAAUAUAAUCAUAUAUUUCAUUUUGUGAAAACUUAAAUAAUGCAAUAUAGUAUUCUAGUUUUGUUUAUACCUUGCAUGAGCUUCAUCGGGAAUUUAAAUCAUUGAUCAUACUAAUAAGAAAUACUUUAAAAUGAACAAUAAUAUAAUAUUUGCUAUGUCAUGCCUCUAAAGUGCGUAGUAUAAUUUUAUUACAAAUAUUUGACACUUGUUUAUAGUAAGUGAAUUGAAUAACCAUGGACCUUGCGGUCGUGAUGGUUAACAAAGUAAUGUUUACAAUAAUCAUUCAGGUCCACUAUAACAACUUGUUCUUGAUUAUUUUUCUAUAUUCUUACCGGACUAUUUAUGAAAUUGAAACAAAAAAAAAUUGUUUUUAUAAUAACUAUCGUAAGACAUAUUAAAUUAACUAAACUCGUGAGGUUACUCACGUGAAAAUUACUGAGAAAAGCUGUCGGUAGCUACUGCUCAUGAGAACCCCUUUCGGUUCGAAACUAGUAGAGCUUGUCUCAAUAUAUUCACGUGAGCAACUCACGAGUUUUAGUUAAUCGACAAAAAUUGUUUUUCAUUCUUUUUUUUAAGUGCUGUAACUAACCUUACUGCUUUAUUGAUAUAAAAUAUAGACUAUUAAAGCUAGGUCACUGACCUGUAUAUUGAUUCUUGGUAACAAAUUGUCAAAGGCCGCAAUAUGAGUGAUAUACAUGUUACCAACAAGUCACUUUGAUUGUACUUGACCUUGAACUUGUAUAAAAAUUGUUGCCUUGUUAUUAACAGUGAAACAAAUAUUGCUUCUAUAAUAUGCUAUUCAUUAGCUAGGUAGUCGCUAGAUUGCCGAAGACGAAAGAUUUCUGUUCAAGUCCUUUAAACAUUUUCAGAAAUAUCAAAUAAUUCAAUAAAUCAUUGUCUAACAAGAAGGUAGAUAUUAGGAUCAUGGUUUGGCAGUUGCGUAAGCAACUACUCGAUCAAUGAACCAGUAUAUUUAUAGGAAAGUAAUGUCUGACUUCGGCAUUACAUCCAGUCUUUCCCAAUCACUCGCUCGCGAAAAUGAUUAUCCUAAUUCGUCUGGUUUUCAGUACGAGGAACUCAUUUCAAUCAAUCUAUAAAUAAAUCAUUUAACCCUAAUAUGUCAAUAGAAAUUAUAAUUAAUAAAGUUUAUACAUUUCAAUUAAUUAAUCUGUCCUCAACUUUGGCAAAUCCUUGAAAUAGAAUCCGAAGUCUACGUCACUGCCGUAGAUUGAAAACUGUGUCUCUUCAGAGAUUCCCAUUAAAACAUAAACUUUGUCAAUAGUUUGAAACGUUUGAUUUCUGAAUGGAUUCGUUAGUAUUUCUUCUUUGAAUUUUAUUUUCAAAAGACUGUAUUAGACCUAAGAGUUCAGUUUUGUAAGCUAUUGUAGUAGUUUUGAAUUUAUUUUAUCAGGUUACUUUGUUGUAAUAUUGGCAGAGGGUCCAUUGUGUGAUGAACAUAAAUAAUUUUAUAGGUUUUCUGCUUCCUGAUACAAUGGCUUUAAAAAAUACUGUUACAUAAUUAUGCCUCUUUAUACAACAAUCCUUUUUUUAGUUACCAAUUCGUAAAUAGAUAACAACAAUGGUGGUUACCGUUUGUUUGUCACUAGAUGGCGCAAAUGUCGUAAGAGGAUAUUUUGUUUAAUAACCGCAGCUUUCAAAUAUGUAACGUCCAAUGAUGGGGCACUAGCUAAUUCCCUAUUGGAUGAAAAACGAAAGGCACACACUAACGCCAUCUGCUGAGCAAAAAUAUAGUUAAGGACGUAUCAACAUUGUAACUAAUUUACAUAACCAAUAAAACUAACCUAACAAGCUGAUUUAUGGGAUAUUAACUAAAAAUGUAAGUAAAUUUCAUUUCAAAUUACUAUAUUUUGAACUGUCAUACGACCUAAUUGUUUAUUAAUGCCAUAUCAUUAAGUCGUUAAGUGAUAUUGUCAUACUCUUUACUAUGAUUGCAAUCUUAUUUCUAUAGUCGUAAGAAACUAAUUUCAAUAACUUAAAGUGGACCUUUUGUUAUUAAACUAAUUGUUUGUUUGUUCUUUAAUGAAUAUUGUACCAAAGAUUGAUUAAAAAUUUACGGUCGAAUAUUUGAAUACUACUCGUAUAGCAUAUUUACUCUGUUUACCUUUGGUUUUGUAAUUGCAGGUGUAGCCCUAGACAAAUAAUUUUAAAAGUCUUUUACCAACCUUACAUUUCUGUACGGCUUUAAAUGUUUCAAAAGUUAACAUAUUCAUAUUUGACACGUUUCCUUCUGAUAUCAGCCACCAUAUAUUCUUAACUCUUAAUGUAACGCACUUGUAAUGCCUCUAGUGAUGGGCGACGAAUCCUUACCAUCAGGUGAUCCGCCAGCUCGUUUGCCGGUUUGUCGCAUAAAAAAACUGUGAGCUGUAGUUGAAUAUUCGACCAAUGUCAUACCUAUAUAAGAUUUAUUUUCACUGUCAUCAAUCACGUGUUUCUUCACAAUGUAAAUAAACACAUCUUCAUUAUCAAUUAUCUAACUUCUAUUCAGAGUGUGGAAACAAUAAAUUGAUACUUU